UAUAGUAUAAUAUAACUAUUUUUACCGUGUUGAAUUUUCAUAAUUUCCGAUUGAUAUUAAUAUUUAAUUUGCAUUUUGCCCAAACCAAAGGUUGUAUUACAAGGUUGUACAUUCUCGUGAUCAAAUUUUGCACACCUGAAAUGUCAUGUUUUUGAUAGAUUAUGCAUAAUCUACAGUCUGUGCUGUAUAACAUACACACUCAAUACUUAACUGUACAUAUUUAAAUAUUUUAUUCUAGUGACGUGUGUUAUAUUCAAAAGUAUAUGGUUAAUGAAUGUUCAAUAUUUGAUUAAUUCAGGCUAUGGCUGCUGAAAGGGAACGCCGUUCUAAUGCUGGCAACAAACUAGCACGUUUAUUGGAUGAAGAAGAAGCUGCAGAUGAUGAAUUUUACAAAACUACCUAUGGUGGUUUCAAUGAAGAUGAGGAAGACAAUGAUUUUCAUUUUGUCGAUGAAGAAGCACCAGAUGAAGUUGAUUCAGAUUUCAGUAUUGAUGAAAAUGAUGAAGUGAUAUCAGACUUUGAAGAUGAAGAAUUAGCUAAAAAAAAAACAAAUAGAUACCAAGAACCUAAAAUACCAAAACCUGUUGAAAAAAAUGAAACUCCAAAAAGAAAACGUUCCAGGACUGAAAAAGUGGUGGUGGUGGCGGCCGCUGAGACGUCAUAUGAACGAAAGUCAAUACGUCAAUCAACAGCAGUUAAGUCUCAGGAGACAAUAGAACGUAUUAAAGAACGUGUUAGUAAAAUUAAACGAAAUAAACCUAUGCCUCCAGAAGAAAUGCCUUCUCAGCAAGAAUUGUUGGAAGAAGCAAAACUCACAGAAGAAGAAAAUUUAAAAUCAUUAGAAAAAUUUGAAAAAUUAGAAUUGGCUAGAAAACAGACAAGAGCUAAACCUCGCGUCACAUACCUGACAUCUGUUAAAUUUCUUAGUAAAGCAUAUCCAUUAUAUGCUGAAGAUAACAAUAUAAACAUUGAAGGUGAAGAACAUGACGUGAAACGUGAACGUUGUGAGUAUUUUGAGCGCACUUCCAUCACAGUGAAUGAACCUCAUGAGUUUGAACGAAUGUUUCCCAAGAAAAUAGCCAAACCUUCCAGACCCCCUAGAAAAUGUGUAUUUACUGAAGAUUAUGCCAGAUACAGGGAUCCUUUGACCGGCCACCCUUAUAAAAAUCAAAAGAUAUAUUCCAUAUUAAGAUCUGUAUACUCUAUGCAUUUAGAUGAAGCUUUUGCUAAUAAAUAAAAUACAAGUUUUAACUUUUAAAACUACUAUUACAAUCAUAAUAUUAACUAGGUAGGU